AUGGCCAACACACUUCUGAUCGAAGGCUCAUUCGAGGAGCUGAGCGAGGAGCUCGCCGUCUACAUCGAUGGCCUCAGCCAGUCGUCGCUGCAGUCAGAGAUUGCGCCGCUGUUGAAGGAGGGCAACAAGGUCGAUGCGCUCAAGAAGAUUGUCACCGCCAGCAGCGCCUUGAACAGCGCUCCUGAGAGAGAAUUCGUCGCCGCAUACAACCUCCUCGUGCACCUGGUACACCAGUCCGGAAGCCCCGACAUUUUCCUGCCCAAACUCUGCCAGAACGUCUCUGCUCCCAUCACCUCUUCACCCUACAACGGCACCGGCCUCGCCCUCAAUGUUCUUUCUACAAUUUUCAACACCCUCUCGCCCGAGCAAGACAGCCGAUACCAUGUUCUCCUUGCCAUCCUCAAGAUCGUGCGCAACAACAGCACUUUCGACCAACUGACCCCUCAACUCGCUCAGUUGGAGCAAUGGCUGCAGGACUGGGAUAUGGAUGCCGCAGACCAGCGUAAACUCUACCUUGCCGUUGCCGACGUAGCCACCGAAGCCAGCGAAGACGAACAAGCAUACCAAUACCUGCUCAAAGCCCUGCGCACUGCCCAAUCCUCCUCCGAUGCCUCGUCAGAGGACGCCAAAGCUCUGUCUAUCCGCGCGCUCAAGCAAGCCCUUGCCUCGCCUUCCCACUUUGACUUCCACGACCUGACGCAAUUGGACUCGAUUCAAGCUCUGCGCACCUCCGAGCCCGUCUGGUUCGAACUCCUCGAAAUCUUCAACGCCCAGCAACUCGACGAUUUCCGCGACUUCAACGAGGCCAACAGCGACUUUAUCGCCAAGGCUGACAUGGACGUCACCGCCCUCGAGCGCAAGAUGCGUCUGCUGACUCUCGCCUCCCUCGCCGCCAGUGCCUCGCAAUCCCGUACCUUGCCCUACAGCACCAUCACCUCUGCGCUUCAAAUCCCCUCCGAAGACGUCGAAAUGUGGGCCAUCGAUGCCGUCCGCGUGGGUCUCGUCGAGGGAAAACUCUCGCAACAGGAAAAGACCUUCUUGAUCCACCGUACCACCUACCGCGUCUUUGGCGAGAACCAGUGGCGCGAAGUUGCCAGCCGUCUUGACAUGUGGAGAUCCUCCCUGCAGGGUGUUCUCAAGGUCAUUCGCCAGGAAAAGGAAAACUACAUCCGUGAUCGUGAGGCCGAGUUGAGAGAUGCCGAGAACCGUGACAAGGGCAAUGGUUACAGACCCAACAAGCAGUACAGAAAUGCUGUCGAGGUUGAGUAA